AUCCAUUCCGUCUUCAUCCCCAAAUCCCUAAUCUCAAAUCCUCCCCAUUUCCCCCUCUCACAAGCCCUAGAAAUGGCUCGCACAAAGCAGACCGCCCGCAAAUCCACCGGCGGCAAGGCGCCGCGCAAGCAGCUGGCCACCAAGGCCGCCAGGAAAUCCGCUCCGGCCACCGGCGGAGUGAAGAAGCCCCACCGUUUCCGCCCAGGCACCGUCGCUCUCCGUGAGAUCCGCAAGUACCAGAAGUCCACGGAGCUGCUCAUCCGCAAGCUCCCGUUCCAGAGGCUCGUGCGUGAGAUCGCGCAGGAUUUCAAGACGGAUCUGAGGUUCCAGAGCUCCGCCGUCGCGGCGCUGCAGGAGGCCGCCGAGGCUUACCUUGUUGGACUCUUUGAGGACACUAAUCUGUGCGCUAUUCACGCUAAGAGGGUGACGAUUAUGCCCAAGGAUAUCCAGUUAGCUAGGAGGAUUAGGGGUGAGAGGGCGUAGUCAUUCUAAUCUUGCUGUGGCGGUGCUAAAUCGAUCAUUAGGCUUAGUUAGUUUGGUUUGAUGGUGUUGUUGUUGAAUCUAUGGUUGAAUGUAUGUCAAGAAGAGGUUGAUUUCAUCUUUGUGAUGUCGUUUGAUCUCUUAUGAAUAUAUAUCAAUGUUAUUUGAAAUCAA